GUGCUCUCUCUGGAGGGCGGCGCCGUGGGCCGAGCCGAGAAGAUGUUCUUGCUGCCUCUUCCGGCUACCGCGCGAGUAGCGCUCCACCGCCUGGGAGUGAGACGUCUCUGGGAUCGGGGUCUCUCCACCGCAGACAUGACGAAGGGUCUUGUUUUAGGAAUUUAUUCCAAAGACAAAGAUGAUGACUUACCACAGUUUACAAGUGCAGGAGAGAAUUUUAAUAAGUUGGUGGCUGGGAAGCUGAGAGAAAUGUUGGACAUAUCUGGACCUCCUCUGAAGGCAGGCAAAACCCGAACCUUCUACGGUCUGCAUCAGGACUUCCCCAGUGUGGUGGUGGUUGGUCUUGGCAAGAGAUCGGCUGGCGUUGACGACCAGGAGAACUGGCAUGAAGGCAAAGAAAACAUCAGAGUUGCUGUUGCAGCGGGAUGCAGGCAGGUUCAAGACCUGGAGCUGCCUUCAGUGGAGGUGGAUCCCUGCGGAGAUGCUCAGGCUGCUGCAGAAGGAGCCGUGCUUGGUCUCUAUGAGUUUGAUGACCUAAAGCAGAAAAAGAAGGUGGCUGUAUCGGCAAAGCUCUAUGGAAGUGGCGAUCAGGAGGCCUGGGAGAAAGGGGUCCUCUUUGCUUCUGGGCAGAACUUGGCCCGCCAGCUGAUGGAGUCUCCAGCCAAUGAGAUGACACCAACGAGAUUUGCUGCAAUUAUUGAAAAAAAUCUCAAAAGUGCCAAUAGUAAAACAGAAGUCCAUAUCAGACCCAAGUCUUGGAUAGAGGAACAAGAAAUGGGCUCAUUCCUAAGUGUGGCCAAGGGGUCUGAAGAACCACCAGUCUUUUUGGAAAUCCACUACAAAGGCAGCCCCAACACAAGUGAAGCACCCCUGGUGUUUGUGGGAAAGGGAAUUACCUUUGACAGUGGCGGUAUCUCCAUCAAGGCUUCUGCAAAUAUGGACCUCAUGCGGGCUGACAUGGGAGGAGCCGCAACAAUAUGCUCGGCCAUUGUGUCUGCAGCAAAGCUCAAUUUGCCCAUUAAUAUCAUAGGUUUGGCCCCUCUUUGUGAAAAUAUGCCUAGUGGCAAGGCCAACAAGCCAGGGGAUGUCGUCAGAGCCAAGAAUGGGAAGACCAUCCAGGUUGAUAACACCGAUGCUGAGGGCAGGCUCAUCCUGGCCGAUGCACUCUGCUAUGCACACACCUUCAAUCCCAAGGUCAUCAUCAACGCUGCCACCUUAACAGGUGCCAUGGACAUAGCCCUGGGAUCAGGUGCUACCGGCGUCUUUACCAAUUCAUCCUGGCUAUGGAACAAACUAUUUGAGGCCAGCGUAGAGACUGGGGACCGAGUCUGGAGAAUGCCUCUCUUUGAGCAUUAUACAAGACAAGUCAUAGAUUGCCAGCUUGCUGAUGUCAAUAACAUUGGAAAAUACAGAUCUGCAGGUGCAUGUACAGCCGCGGCCUUCUUGCGGGAGUUUGUGACCCAUUCCAAGUGGGCACAUUUAGACAUAGCGGGCGUGAUGACCAACAAAGACGAGGUUCCCUACCUGCGCAAAGGCAUGAGUGGGCGGCCCACGAGGACCCUGAUUGAGUUCUUACUCCGCUUCAGUAAAAACAGUUCUUAGUCCACUUAGAAACUUCUCCGUGUGUCUUGAAAUGGGUAUUUGGGCUUCAAAAUAUUUUUGAAAUAAUGAAAAUCUUUUAAAGGCAAAAAUGAAU